UUCGCAAACGAAUUUAAAAAAAUUAAUUAGUAGCGUAAAAUUCGCGUCGCGAUUUUCGCGUGGUUUGUCGAAUUCAAUUAUUCCGAAUGAGAAACGUUCCACGAAAGGACGCAACGAAAACCGGCUCUCGUCCGCGCGUCGUCCGACUUCGAUAAUCGCGUCGCUCAGUUUCGAACGAAAUCGCGCGAGUCAUCGACGUCGCGUCCGCCGCAAUUUCCGCGAGCAGCGUAUGUUUUUUUCCUCGAACGAACGUACGUUAUCCGAUUCGUCUAUACAUGGCAGCGUAUUUUCAAUCCUUCGUCUCGUUGAUGUUUAAACUCGACGUUUCAACGACUGAUUAACAGGUACACAAGAGGUAAACUAAUAAAUAAAAAUGGACUCUGAAGGCAGUUCAGUAUCCGUGGAUAAAAUUGAUGAAACUCAAUCAGAAACUAAGAAUAACUCUGAAAAUGAUAAUGAUAAUACUAAAAGCUGUAUCGAGAAGGAAGAAGAUAAAGGAUCUGAUAAAUCAUCAUUCGAUGAAGAUACUGCAGAAGUGCAUGGCGAAACAAAAGAGGCAACUACAAUUAUUUCUGAAAAAGAAGUAACUGCAUCAAAUAUAGCUGAUGAAAAUACUGCAGAAGCGCAUAAUGAAUCGAAUAAAGAAGCAACUACAAUUAUUUCUGAAAGAGAUGCAACUCCGUCAAAUGUAACUGAAGAAGAUACUGUAAAAGUAUGUAAUGAAUCGGAUAGAGAAGCAACUACAAUUACUCCUGAAAAAGAUGCAACUUUGUCAAAUGUAACUGAAGAAGAUACCGCAGAAGUAUGUAAUGAAUCGAAUAAAGAAGCAAUUACAAUUACUUCUGAAAAAGAUGCAACUCCAUCAAAUGUAACUAAAGAAGAUACUGCAGAAGUGCAAAAUGAAACAAAUAAAGAAGCAAUUAUAAUUGCUUCUGAAAAAGAUACAACUCCAUCAAAUGUAACUGAAGAAGAUGCUGCAGAAGUGCAAAGUGAAAUAAAUAAAGGAACAACUACAAUUAUUUCUGAAAAAGAUGCAAUAGAUGAUUCUGCUACAUAUUUACAAACAACCAUUGAAAAAGAUAAUAGCAUAGGAAUUGAGGUGCUAUCAUCUGAAAAAAAUACUGAGAUUGUAACAAUUGAAGAAAGUAAUGUAGUUGAAAGUUUUUGCAAAGAAAGUGCAUCAGCUAAUGUAGACAAGGAAACAACAGAGCUAAGUGCAUUCAAUUUGACAGCAAAAUCUAACACAGAACAGUCAUUAAAUCUUGAAGAUUCAUGCAAUAUAUCAGAAAAUAACUGUGCAAAAUUUUCUAGUGACAAAGUCAUAAACAAUUUGGAAACAUUUAAAGACAAACCUGAAUCUGAAGAUUGUGAUAUUCCAGAUGAAUCUAGUGUUAAUGUAGAUGAUCUGCAAAUAUCUCAAAAGGAUGUUGAUCUGUCAAAAAAAGUGGAGUCAGAAUCUUCAGACAGUAAUUUAGAAAAUCUUGAUAAAGAUUUGUCUGAGAAAAACAUUGAACCUGAAAAUACAGAGUUUAUACAAUUUUCUCAUGAUAAGCAUGAUGAUUCGCAAAUUGAAGGUCAAUCUAUAGAUGCAGAAGAUCCAUUUGGCGGUGAUAAUCUUACUUCUGAAAAUGUUGAACCAGUGGAAACUGAUAGCCUGCUAGUCGACGAUGAGAUUAGUUUUAAAAAUUUAUAUGAACAAGGUGAUAAUUUACAGGAUGCAGUAAAUGCUAGAAACAAUGAUUCUAAUAAUGAUAAACUUAAUGUUGAUUGCACAUCAAAUGAUGGAAAAGAUACUAAUACUAAAGCUAUGGACAAUAUUGCUGAAGAAUCAAAUAAUGUACCAAUCACUAUUGAUUCUCUUGAAAGUACAGCAAUGGAUACUGACCUCCCAGAUACAAAUAUAUCUGAAACAGAAAAUACAUCAUCUACAAAAUUAUCAGAUAAGCAAGUUGAGCAGACCAAAAAAACUAUUGAAGAAAUUACACCCAUGGAAACAGAUGAGGAACAAACUGAUGUAUUACCAGGACAAGAUGACGAAUUAUGUAUUAUCCCAGAUAGUAUGAAAGUAAUAAUACCUAAUAAAUCAGGUGUAAAAACUGAUAAAGAGCAAAAUAAAUCUGCACUUGAAAAAGAUAAGAAAGAUGAAACAAUACAAAAAAGUAGCAAAUCUAAUUCUGAACUUGAGCAAGAUGCUGACAAGAGUGAACCUAAAUCAGCAAUUACGAAAAAUAAAAAUAGUAAAGAAGAUAAUACAGUGGCUAUUCAAAAAGAACCAAUAGUAGAAGUACAAACUGCAACAACAGACAUUAUUAAUAUUGAUGAUGAGUCAAAGAGCUCAGAAGUAGAAGAGAUUACUACUAAAGAGAUAUGUAAGCAAUGUGGUGAAGAAAGAGCAUGUAAAAUUCGGGUAAAGAUUGGUAAAGAAAAUUAUCAUGUAUGCUCAAAAACAUGUAAAGCAUUGUUUAAAGCAGCUAAUAAUAAAACAGUAGACAUACCACACCAAAGAGCUAGCUCCAAACGAGAGAAACGUUGUGCAUCUUGUUUAUUAAUUAUAGAAGCGAAUGACGAACGAAAUCUUUCUUGGGAAACCAUGGAAUUUUGUAAUGAGGAAUGUUUGGGAAAGUUUCAAAGAAAAUAUGGAAGUUAUUGCAAGAAUUGUAAUGGUACAGUUCAAGCAGUAAGUUUAGGCAAAUAUUGUGUGAGAUUUGGAUGCGACGUGAGACAAUUUUGCUGUUCAACAUGUUUGGAGGAAUUUAAAAAAGGUUUAAAAGUAUGUAGUUACUGUCAGAAGGACAUAAGCUUUAGCACAGACGGAUUUCUCGCGCCAGUCGGAGAGAAAGGACAAUUUAAAGACUUUUGUACCCAGGAUUGUAUGGAGAAAUAUUCAAAGUUGAAUUCUUCAGAACCUCCAACCACAGAGAAAAAGCCAUGUAGUGUCUGUCAAGAGGAAAAACUUGUACACUGUGAAGUUCAGAUAUAUAAUAGCACUCCAGUAGCUAUAUGUAGUGAACCCUGUUUUGCAGCAUUUAAUUUUGUAAAACAAGUUAAUCCUGAGCAGUGCUCUACUUGCAAGAAAUUUUUUGAAUUACCAAAUAAGCAACAUUUCAUCGUAUUUUACGACAAUGAGCCCCAUACAUUUUGUAAUAAGACAUGCUUAAAUAUAUUUAUCAUAACAAAUAGAAAGAUAGUUCCAUGCAAUUGGUGCAAAGUAAAGAAGUAUAACUUUGAUAUGAUUAAAAAGGAAUUAAAAACAGGACAGAUUCUGAUGAUGUGCAGCUUAAAUUGUUUGACAUUAUAUCAGGUUUCCAUUAAUGCAGUAUCUGCGAAACGAAUUAACUGUGAUUUUUGUAAAGAGUAUUCCUUAGCACAUUAUCAUCUCACAAUGUCAGAUGCAACAAUACGUAAUUUUUGUUCGUAUAAUUGUGUCAUGAAUUUCCAAGCGCAGUAUACUAAAUCCCCCAUAACUAUACCUUCAAGCGACGAUCCUACGCCUGUACCUACGGGUGUACCCAAAAGGACCACGUUAUCGCAGAAAAGCGCAAGUCAAACCGCUCAAAAGCCCAGUGACAUACAAAAUAAAAAGACCAUGCCAGUCAUCUCCUCGGUGACCAGCUUAGCCUCGAUAGGAAAUGGACAAGCAAGCCCGAACUCGCAACAAAAUAUCAUGCCUACGAGCGCGAUAUCGAAUCAAUCGGCCCAAAUUGUCUACAAUCAGCAAGUUAUUACUAGGCCACCUACUCCAGUGAAGGUUCAGAAUAAGACGACUCAGUGCAAACCUUUAGUGCAUACGAAAGGGGUUUCCGUACGUCCUCACCCUUGCACAAAGUGGACGCAGACGAAGGAAGAGAAAGUUCAACAAGUGCUCGUACCUAUACCAGUACCAAUUUAUGUUCCGUUUCCGAUGCAUAUGUAUAGUAUGCCCUUUCCAGUUCCAAUGCCUUUUCCACUGCCUAUUCCCGUUCCUUUAUUCAUACCUACUACGAGAAACAGCGCGAAGGGAAUUAUGAAAGAUAUCAAGAAGAUACAAGAGAAGAUACCAGCCGAUCCGUAUGAAGCCGAGCUUCUUAUGAUGGCAGAGAUGGUAGCUACUGAAAAGAAGGCUAAUGACAGCGAUUCGGAUUCGGUAGACGAUAGGGAAGGUGACACAGCUGAGCAAGACAAUUUACAUAGUGAUGGUUUCAGUCCGGAAGCGGUUGAUUCCAAUAACGCGUUUGGGGAUGACAUGCUGCAAAUGGCAUUAAAAAUGGCAACAGGAGAAUUAGACGAACCAGCAGUCGAUCUGGAAGCUGCCUUGACGCCGAAUACGAUUACAGCUACGCAAGCACCGCCACAACCGGAAAACACUAUGGACAACGAUGUGCAAUCGGAACGAUUAAUGGCCGCCUCUAGAGGAAGGAAACGUGUGAUGCCAUACAAACCGCGAUCAACGCAGAGCAAACGAAUGAGACGCGUUUCUGCUACAAAUGACAUGCCGUUAAUGCCACCACCGGAACCACAACCACCUCCGCAGCCACGCAUUAUGGAACCAAUAGAAAAACCUGAUGCAAAUAUGGCACUAAAAUAUACAUUUGGUGUAAACGCAUGGAGACAAUGGGUAAUUGGAAAGAAUGCCGAAUUAGAAAAACAGAUUACACCAAUGAGGAAAAUAAAGUUGUUCAAGACAGAUCUUUUACAACUUACUGCGGAUGAGUUAAAUUAUUCUUUAUGUCUUUUCGUGAAGGAAGUAAGAAAGCCGAACGGUGCAGAAUAUGCUCCCGAUACAAUAUAUUAUCUUUGCCUAGGAAUACAGCAGUACCUGUUUGAAAAUAACAGGAUUGACAAUAUAUUCACGGACUCAUAUUAUGAGAAAUUUACAGACUGUUUAAAUGAAAUAGCGAAAAAAUUCUCUGCAUUAUACAACGAAGCACAAUAUAUAGUGACUAGAGUGGAGGAAGAACACUUAUGGGAAUGCAAGCAAUUAGGUGCCCAUUCUCCACACGUCUUAUUAAGCACACUUAUGUUUUUAAUACUAAACAUUUUAAUCUUGUGACAGUGGAAGAACAUAUGCAACUUUCCUUUUCUCAUAUUAUGAAACAUUGGAAACGUAACCCAGCUG